UCAAUCCUCUCCUAGCUCCUCAAUUUCUCCUAUUCUCUUUGGUCCCCAGGAGUUCUUUAGUAUUUUGCAUUUGUCCUUGUUUGAGACACAGAGAAUAAGCAUAGGUUGCUUUUAUCUCGAGUGGGGUUUUCUUAUUUCAAAUAUCUAGAUGUGGGUUUGAACUUUUUAAGCUUUUUUUUAUGUGCACUUUACUUUUAGUCUGAUAUACAUAUAUAUGGUGAGAUUUAGGGUUAGGGUUAGUGUUUUGUUCCUCCCUUUUGCGUUGUUGUCUUCCUUUUCUUUUGCAUGGAGUGAUGAUCAUGAUGAUGAAAUACAACAGUCACUGUUUGCCGAUGCAGCACCAUCAAGAUUCACAAAAACUUUUUAGGGCUGGUGAUGAGAGGUGGUGUGAUUUCAUUGGUUCCACUUUUGUGGUCCCUAAUUUUGCUUCAUCAUCACUUCAAUGGCUCUAAUUUGAAUAUGAGAAUCUUGAUGAUGCUGCAGCGGCAAUAAAUGGCUAAAAUUACUUAUACCCUUCUCAAAUCUCUCUGCAAAUAAACAGGUAAGUAAUUCAUCCAUGACGGUCCAACCUACUUCAAGAUGUCCGUACCAUCUCCAACCGAGGAAGUAGGUGACAACUUUGCACUUACCUCACUUAAAAAAAAAAAAAAAUUCAACAAACACCAACUUUUAUUUGAAAAAUCUCACUCUUAUCGAUUCUGCUGCUUCCUGUUGGUUAAUUAACACAUCUGUUUAACUUCUGAUUGGUGAUAAGGGUUUCAUAUGAUGGGUUAAGAGAAGAAAUAUAGUAUUUGAUCCAAGUGUGGCGCUGGUAACACAGUGUGAUCUGCAGUGGGAGAUUUUAUUCUAAGUGAUGAUGGAUUUUAGUGCUGACUUUCCUCAGUGCUUCAGUAAGGUAUGUCUGUACUUUGGUUGAAACCAUCAUCUCCUUUUGUUUCUUGGAUACUUGGGGUUUCUUAGGCUUUUUCAUCCUCUUUUCCUUCUGGUUCUUCCCCUAGAUCUCACCGAGGAACUUCGAUUCUCUCCAAUCUUCGCUUUGUUAUGCGCUAGAUUUUCAGAUCUGUAAACAGCCUUGUCUUUUGAAAAUAAUUCUUAAUUAUAAUCAUUUUCUUUCUUUAGUACAUGAAAUUAUAAUGGGGUUUUGAUGGACUUCUUGCACAUCUCCCUCAGAUUUCUCUCUCUCCUUUUCUUUUAUCAGCCAAAUAAAUUUCAUUAAUCAAGUACAAGCGGUAGUGCAACGCAUACAUAAGAUUUUGUCUUUCUUAGAAAUUUUCAGUCCAAAUAAACUUCCCAAGUUUUGUUUUCCGUUUUGAGUUUAUUUCCAGAGAAGUUGGAGAAUAUUUCAGGGGUUUUGGGUAUUUUCCUGUUUUUGUGUAAAAUAUGGGAAUGGGGAUAAAAGAAUGUUGUUUCUCCUAUGAUCUUUGACCAGUUUAAGGAGUAAGGAAGCUGUUUCUCAUUGUACUUUGGAUUAUUACUUGUUAUGGUCAGUCCAAUGGUUUAAUUUUCUUUAUGUCAAUUUGAUCUGUGUUUGUGUUUGUAUCUGCACAGGUCGGCUGCCGGCAGCCCAAAGUCACUUCAUAUUUCAUAUUAAUUUACUACUAGAGAAGAUAAGUUGCAAAAUCUGGAUAAUUUUCUUUACAGCCUUUUUUUUCCCUCUUUUUAUUGUCCAUUUUUUUUCAUCCAUU